AUGGAGACAUCCAGUACUUUAACUAUUUUAAAUAAUAGAAAUAACGGCAGAAAAACAAGAGGAAUAAAUGAGGUAGUAUUAGAAGAUAUUGGUCUUGAACUUCCAUGUUAUAGGCCUAGACAAGGCACGGAAUGCAUAGUACAAAGAGGAAUUCCAGUUAUUGAUUUGACGGUGGAUACACCAACUCAUAGGGAAUAUGAGGCAGUUGAAGGGAGUAGAACGUAUGAUAUAAGGGAUAAUAUGGGGAGUAAUGUACGGAAUAAAAGAAGAUUUGAAGGGGUGGAAGUGAUAGAUGUUGAUAAUCUUGCGGAAAGUCAAUCGUCAAGAGGAGAAAUAGAAGUUUAUGAAAGAUAUCCAUUUGAGGGUAUAAAUUUGGAAGAGAUAUUAGUAUUGAAUGGAUCUAUAUCGGAGAAUAAUAGAAAUUGUCAUAUAGGAUCGUUUGGACCAACACGAAGAAUUACACGUCAAACAGCGAAUCAGAUGCGUUUAUGGGAAAAUCGAAUUUUUGAAAGAAAUGAUAGUUUUUUACAAGCAUUAAUAAAUCAUAUGACGCCGUCGAAUAGAAGGAGAGGGAAUGGAUCAGUUCGAUAUUCUAGAACAUAUCCAUAUUAUAUUUCGUCUCGUCAAAACAUUUCAACAACAACGACACCUAUUGAAUAUAGUAUAUUUACAGAACAAUCUAAUAUUAACAGAUUUUCGAAAAAAGAUGCAUUGAUAACACAACGUCCAUUUAAAGAAGCACCUAGUGCGAUGAAGGGAUUUACAAGAUCAUUAAAUAAGUCACAAAAACUAGUAUGUCCAAAUUGUAUUGAUGAAUUGGGUGUUUCAGAUGAUUUUAUAAAAAGAAGUAUAUGGAUGGGGAAAUGUGGUCAUAUUUAUUGUGGUAGUUGUGCAAAAAUUUUUAAAUCAAUGAAAUCAAAAGGUCCUCAAUCAGUUAUAUGUCCUGUUAAACAUUGUAAUAAAGUGAUUUCUGGAAAUCAUAAUUUACGGGAAAUUUACGUAUAA